CCAACAUUCCUUGGACUUUCAUCUCUAUGGAUUUUCACCUUCCGUACGUUCUCCUUCAGAGUUCUCACUGUGUUUUUCCUGAUCUCUACCCUACAUUUCACGUUGACAAAGAACAGUGAGUGGGAAAUAGAUUGGUGCUCAAUAAUAAUUUCUUGAGUCUUCUGUCAAAUUUCCUCAGGAUUCACUGAAUUGAACGUGUUCACAAAAGCAAUAACAGCAAAGUAAAAGUGGUUGGAACCAGGAAGUGCUGAGGGUGAACAUGGAUUCCAGACAGCAGGGAGAGAGUUGGACCGAGGAGAUAAUCUGUCCCAUUUGUCUGGAUUUCUUCACCGAUCCGGUUAUACUCGAUUGUGGACACAACUUCUGCCGCUCCUGUAUCACCCAGAGUUGGGAAAAGCAGGAGAUAAACUCCUGCCCAGAAUGUAGACAGGGGUUUCCGGAAAGAAACCUCAGAGGCAACCGGGCCUUAGCGAAUCUGACCGAGAAAGCUCGGAAAUUAAGUUUGAAUCCGCAAGAGAAGGAAAGUAAACAUCUCUGUGAGGAACAUCAGGAAGAACUGAAGCUGUUUUGUGAAACUGACAAGAAAUUGGUCUGUGUGAUUUGUCGAGAUUCCCGGGAACACAAAUCUCACAACUUCAUCCCGAUUAAAGAAGCUGUUGGAAUCUACAAGGAUCAGGUCAAAUCUUCCAUGGAUUCUCUCACAGGGAAGAAAUCAGCGGCUCUAGAAAUGGAGCAGCAGCAGAAACAGAAGAUUUCCCAAAUUCAGGAGGAAUCCAGAAAUCUUCAGACACACAUCACAUCCGAAUUUUCUCAAAUGCACCAGAUGCUGACUGAGAAAGAGCAGAGUUUACUCCGAGAUCUCAGGGAACAAGAGGAAAACAUUCUCAAACCAAUGGAGCAACAUCUUCAAGAAAUUCAAAAGAAUUUAAAGUCUAUUCAGCAGAAACUCUCAAAGUUGGAAAAACAGUGGGAACAAACAGGCGGAGUGAUAUUUCUGAAGGAGGAAGUAUCUCGGAAGAGGAGGGUUAGCGAUGAGAUUGGUAAUGACCUGUCAACUGAAAAAUCCAACAUCCUUUUACCAUUUCCAGUGUGGACAGAAAUAGUGGAGGCCAUAAAACCGAAUAAAGGUCAGAUAAUCACUUUGUGCUGAUUAUAAUUUAUAAUU